AUGAAUAAUUUGAAUUAUGAUGUAAUACCAUUUUCAAUUGAUAAUCGUCUUGAUGGUAACAUACAAUUUAUCUUCGAUUUAUUUACAAUAAAUCAAUCGUUUAAAAUUCGAACAUUAUUAAAUAAGAAUUUAUUUCAAUUCAAUCAAAAUUCUAUUGAUUAUGAUUUAAAUAUACGACAUAAUUAUUUAAAUCAAUACGAAAUAACAACAAAGACAUUUUCACAAACAACCAUUGAAUCAUUAAAUGAAAUUUUUCAAAAUAUGCUUUGCCAUUUUAUUGAGCAAAACCAUUUAAUAUCCUAUGAAAUAUUUAAUCAUGUUGAACAUCUGCUUUCAUCAUAUUUAAUUAUUUCAUUGGCGAAUUAUUCAAAAAAUCUCACUCACAAACCAGUAUUAACACAAACCGAAACGAGUAACAAUCAACCACCAAGUAAUAUGAAUUAA